ACUCCAACUGUCCCGGCAGUCCUCGUCCUCGUCCUCUUUAAAUCACUCGAAACCCCCCCCACCACCCACCGUUUCCUGCAUUCAUUCGCCACCGCGUGCAGCCGGCGCAACCUCCGCCCCGCCACCGCGACCGGCGACUUCGCUCCGUCGCUCCUCGAGAGAAACCCACCUCAAAGAUCGCGCCUUUUUCCCGAUCCCGGCGCCAUGGUCCGCCUGAGCAACAACCUCGUGGGCAUCCUCAACCUCGUCACCUUCCUCCUCUCGGUCCCGAUCCUCGGUGCCGGCAUAUGGCUCUCCAACCGGGCCAGCACCGACUGCGAGAAGUUCCUCGAGCGCCCCGUCAUCGCCCUCGGCGUCUUCCUCAUGCUCGUCUCCCUCGCCGGCCUCGUCGGUGCGUGCUGCCGCGUGUCCUGGCUCCUCUGGCUCUACCUCCUCGUCAUGUUCUUGCUCAUCGUCCUCCUGUUCUGCUUCACCGUCUUCGCCUUCGUAGUGACGAACAAGGGGGCCGGCGAGGCCCUCGGCGAGCGAGGGUACAAGGAGUAUCGGCUCGGGGAUUACUCGCAUUGGUUGCAGAAGCGGGUAAACAGCACCAAGAACUGGAGCAAGAUCAGGAGCUGCCUGAGCGACGGCAAGGUCUGCUCGAGCUUUCAGGACCAGUACUUGAACGACACUGUCGAGAAGUUUUACACCGAGCACUUGUCUGCUCUUCAGUCUGGUUGCUGCAAGCCGUCGAAUGACUGCAAUUUCAUCUACGUGAGCCCGACCGUGUGGAACAAGACUGCUGGCGCUGCCUACUCCAACCCCGAUUGUAAUGCAUGGGACAAUGACCCCAAGGUUCUGUGCUACAAUUGCCAGUCGUGCAAGGCCGGGCUGUUGCAGAAUGUCAAGAGCGACUGGAAGAAAGUGGCCGUGGUCAACAUCAUAUUCCUCCUCUUCCUCAUUGUUGUAUACACGGUGGGUUGCUGUGCCUUCAGGAACAAUAGAGAGGACAACUAUUAUGGUAGAUACAAGGGGCCUUACUAAAUGGUACACUAUAGCUGGAUCACAUGCUUGUGUACAUGACUGAUUAGCUGAUGACGUUAUGUUUUUACUUCUUGUUCAGCUGCUACAAUUCGAUUCAGUUGGUCCUGUACAGCAUCCUAUCUUCGGGAUUUGGUGAUUACUCUAUUGCUACAUUGCUUUUGUGUUCGGUUA